CAAGAAGAAGAAGCGUUUCCUGAAUUCUCCACCCUCUAUAUAAUUUUUCAGUCUGUUUCAGAGAAACCCUUCUAUAUAAUAUAUAUCUUCUUCUUCUUCUUCUUCUUCUUCCAUGGAGAUGUCUAGGAGAUGCAAGGAAAAGCAAUCCUCUGAGAGGAGAGUUAUCGCAGGAGAAGCAAAGACGAUGAUCCAUGAUAGGAUUCCUACAGAGGAAGUGAUGAAGCUAGCUGCCAUUGCAAUCAGCUUAAAUGUGCGGCCGAGAUCAUCCGAUAUGCCACUGCAUAUGCAAGAACGUGCUUUUCGCUAUGCAAGAUCUUUUCUUGACUCAGCUCCAAAACACCGCCCCAAUCCAACCCACCUUGCUCGAGCCCUUAAAAAGGAGUUUGACUCGGCCUACGGGCUAGCAUGGCACUGUGUAGUGGGGACGAGUUUCGGAUCGUUUGUGACUCACUCAGCGGGUGGGUUCGUGUACUUCUGUAUAGAGCCGCUGUCUAUUCUCCUGUUCAAAACAGAGGUAGAGUUGGUGACGGAAUUGGAGGCUUGAAUGGAUUGUUGACAAAUGAGUCGUCAACAAAUGAGCAGUACACCUGACCUGAGUGCUAUGUACCCGAGUGUAGGGUGUUUAAAAAAUAUGUAAUUCGUUUAUUUAUUAAAUAUAAUAUUUUAUAACAUACGGUGUAAGAUGAUUUUUUAUUAUUUAAUAAUAAUUCGAGGAUUAUAGA